ACAACAAGAGUGAAGUCAAACAGAAAGAGAGAUGAGUUGUGUUUGUAGACAUUUAUGUUUUAAAUUUUUCUUCCAAAGCUAGAGUUAGCUGCAUAGGGACGGUAUGCCAAGUACUUUCUACCAAGAGUGUGAGUGGAGCUCCGAGAUUUCGCGGAGGUGAUGAUCAGCGUCAUUAUGGCCAGCAAGACGACGUGUUCGUGGUGCUCCUUUCACAUUGCAACAUAACGGCAGCUCCACUCGACAUCAACAUCUGCGUGUCAUGCUGUUGUGUGUUUCGUAAGGUUAGCCCCUUGCCGGAGUGGAGAAUUUGAAAUGCAAUACGUAUAGCUACGUGUAGAGUUUGGACAAGCCCUUCUCCUGCCUUGGUGGAUCAAGCAUGUUGAGAUUUAGGAAAGCCGGACAGCUGGCGUCCAGCUCACUUUGUGGAAGAUGGCGUUGCAUGAGUGGUGUAGCUGAUGCUAGUACUACUACUGCUGCUUCACACUCACAGCCUUCUGGCUCGGAUUACACAGGAGAUCUUGAUUAUGACGUCGUACUGACUGGCGGCGGUAUAAUGGGCAGCAGUGCAGCCUAUUUCCUUUCGAAGCGCAUUGACCCGCGCAGGAUCUGCGUAGUGGAACGCGAUCCGACGUACAAGCUGGCGUCCACACCGCUCUCCGUCGGCGGCGUUCGCCAUCAGUUCUCGAAUCGCGAGAACGUGCUCAUGUCCAUGUUUGCGAUGGAGUUCAUACAGACGAUGGGCAAGGAGCUGCACGUGGAGGGACAUGACCCACCCGACGCUCAUUUCUGUGACGACGGCUAUCUGCUACUUGCAUCCAGCGCUGGCGUGGAUACACUUCGCGAGAACUAUGCCGUUCAACAGGAGUGCAACGCUUCAGUGCGGCUCAUGACCAGGACUGAGCUGGCCGACAAGUUUCCCUGGGUGAAUCUGGACGGCAUUGAGCUGGGCUGCUAUGGCUUCAAAAACGAGGGCUGGGUGGACCCCUGGUCGCUGCUGCGCGCGUUCCGCGCCAAGGCCGCGUCCUCGGGCGUUCGGUUUCUGACGGGAACGGUGACGUCGGUGCAGUGUGAUGGCACGGCGGUGACCGGUGUGGGUGUGCAGUGCGGGGAUAAUGGGCACGACGGCGGUGGUGAAGCAGCAACGACGACGACGACAGCGGACCUUAAGUGUAACUAUCUGGUUAACUCGGCUGGGCCAUUCGCCGCCGACGUCGCGGCCAUGGCGGGAAUCGGUGCGCUGGAGCGACUGGCGCACCUAGACCAGUCGGAGCUGGACCCGCGGCUGGCCGUACCGCUGCCGGUCAAGGCGCGCCGACGCUGCGUGUUUGGCGUGGACCAGUGCGACGGCCCGGUGUCACACUGCCCGCUCACGGUGGACACGUCCGGUGCGUACAUCCGCCGCGAGGGCACCGGCGGAAUGUUCCUCUGCGGCAAGUGUCCCGACAAGGAAGACGACCACAACAACCUUGACUUGAGCGUGGACUACGCGUUCUUUGAAGAAACCCUCUGGCCACUGAUCGCGAAUCGCGCGCCGGUGUUCGAAGGCCUCAAGCUGAAGAACGCGUGGGCAGGCUACUACGACUACAACACGUUUGAUCAGAAUGGCAUUAUUGGCCGCCACCCGGUCGUCUCCAACUUCCUCUUUGCCAACGGUUUCAGCGGACAUGGACUGCAGCACGGUGCGGCGGUUGGCAGGGCGAUCAGCGAGAUUGUCUGCGACGGUGCGUCGCACUCGAUCAACCUGGACCGUCUGGGCUUCGAGAGGAUCAUUGCGCAACGGCCGUGCCUGGAGAAGAACGUCAUAUGAGCCGGCACUUUAAAACUGAGUGCAGUAUGGUGCCGGUAAGCGAUUGCCGUGGUGCUUCUAGUAGUCGUGUAUUUAACUCAAAUUAUUAUCACUGAUAGCGGUAGAUAAGCCAAACGAAUUUUACUAAUUGGAGUGAGAUCAGCUUGAAUUGGACCAAAGUCGAUUGAUGCACCCACCCCGGUAUUAGCCUGUUGGGCCAUCAUCAACAGCCUGUAGCUGUUGGUAACUUACACAGUCAUAACACGUUUGUUUUAAUAUUGUAUUUUUAUUUUUUUUUAUCAUGAAUGGUUGUCACGGUGAUGACCCAGCAGUACGAAUAUUCGGUACAUUCUUCUUUCUUACUCACUUUAGCUUUUUAUGCACGGAAUCGAUAUUUUUUGGUGGCUGUAGUGUUAUUUUUAUAUCUAGCCAUGCAGGUGUUCUCAUGCAAUACUACCGUAAUAGCUCUGCUUUCUCAAGUGUUGUGUACUCUUGCUUACAUGAUGUUUACUACUUGUAUUUAAAAAAAUUAAUAUGUGUUACGAUGACAGCAUGUUACAAGGCGGAGGACACACUGCAUGGAAAACAGUGUUCCUGACUGCAACCAUAAACCGGUUGGUAGAGUCUCGGUCUUGCAACCAGUCGCGAACACUGUUUUCCUACACUGUGCCCUCCGCCUUGUGCUGUGCUGGCAUUGUAUCGAACCAUCAA